AUGAUUAUAAAAAAUCAAACCUUAAUCGAUAAGGUUAUCGACGUCUUGCGCUAUGAUCAGGAAGAUAAGAGACCUUUACAAUGUAAUAUAAUCAAUUAUAAAAGUAUUUUUACAAAAACUUGAUCUGUUUAGUUAGCACAUAGGGCUGUUAAUGCCUAAUUUAAAACUAAUCUAUUUUGAUUUAGUCGGUCAGAGUGUAGACUGUGAAAGGCGAGUAUAUUUAUUUCUGAAAGGAAAAGUGAGUGUCGAUAGUAUUCUAAUUUUAGAAAGCUGUUAAAUCCUAAAACCUACUAUAAUGCGUAUUGUUUAUCUUUAUUAAGUAACUUUUAGCAGAACUCUUUAUAAUCAGAUUGUUUAAAUGAAUAGAUAAAAGGAAAUUG